AUGCUUAAAAAUAAUAAAUUUUAUUUUAAAUUAAAUAUUUUUCUUGUAAUUUCGAUUUUUGGUUUGUUAAUUGGAUUAGAAUUUACAAUCAAAGUUUUGAAGAAAAUUAAAGAUGUGGAUUUAAUUUUGAGUAAUUAUAGAGAGGAGUUUGUGAAGGAUGAACUUGAUAUUAGGUUGGUGAGAUUGUGGGGGAUCAUAUGGUCCAUAGAGAAUAAUUUUAUAGUCUGAAAAGAAUACCAUUGUCCGAAGGGGACCUUUAAUAGUUAUGAUGGAACAUACCAUAGUCCGAAGGGAACAUGUUCUAGUCCGUAGGGAACACCAGUC